AUGUCGAUUGAUCUCAACUGGGAGACGCUGACCACGGGGCCGGACGGCGAUGCGCUGGCCGAGAGCAUCAGAACCUUUAUCCACAGCAAAUUCCAGACGGUGCCUUUGCCACGCUUCAUCAGGUCCGUCAACGUGCAUGGAUUCGACUUUGGGACGAUCCCGCCGGAGCUGGAAUUAAAGGACAUUACGGACCCGCUGCCGGAUUUUUACGAGCAGGAGCUGGAGGAUGACGAGGAGUCGGACGAGGACAGCGAGGAGGAUGAGAGCGCUGCUGAGCGGGAGAGGAUUGCGGCUGCGGCGGCGCUGAUGGGAGCGAGGAGGCGCGAGAACGGGCUGGGGGGGCUGAAGAGCGAGAUGAUGGGCUUCAGCCCGAGCGUUAACGUGAGCUGGCACGACGUCGGCAGGGCGUUUCUGGGCACGUCGACGCCGGGGAUCUUGGGCGGGCCGGGGAGAAACUACUUUCAGGCGCAUCUGGCGACGGGCACGCAGACGCCGCUGGCGGCGGUUGCGGGCGCUCAUCUGGGCACCGGCUGGAUGGGCUCGGCGGCGCCCAGCUCGGAGCCCACGCCGUAUCAUAGCCGUGAGGCAUCGCUCAGCUCCCUCGACAACCUGCAGGCGUUGGAUCCGGCCUCGGGAUCGGGGUCCGGCAUGGCCAAGUCGGACGUGUCGAGCACUCUCGGCCCUCCGUCUCGGCCGUCAACCAGCCAUGGCCCUAUCAGCGGCUCGGCCGUUGAAGACGACGAGAAGGCUGAUCAAGGCACGGCGUCGCCGCGGCGCGAGCCCCGGGUCGAGGACGUGCAGGCCGUGUUCCGGAUCCGCUACUCGGGCGACGUGAGGUUGAACCUGACGGCGGAGAUUUUGCUGGAUUACCCGAUGCCGAGCUUUGUGGGGAUUCCGCUCAAGUUGAACAUCACGGGGCUGACGUUUGAUGGGGUGGGUGUUUUGGCGCAUAUACGGAAGAGGGUGCAUUUCUGCUUCUUGAACCCGGAUGAUGCUUUGGCUGCGGUGGGACCGGAUGGUGAGGGGGCAACGGAGACGGUAUCAGGAUCGACAACUACUACUACAACGGCAACAGGAGGAGGGGAUUUGCAGACGCCUGGCAAGAAGCAGUCUGGAGGCAGAUUCGGUGGGCUGUUGCAGGAGAUUAAAGUAGAGAGCGAGAUUGGCGAGCGGGAGAGCGGGCGGCAGAGCCUGAAGAACGUGGGCAAGGUGGAGAGGUUUGUGCUGGAGCAGGUGAGGCGGAUAUUCGAGGAGGAGUUUGUGUAUCCGAGUUUCUGGACGUUUCUGGUGUGA